GAAGGGUCCCGGUUACACCAUGUACCUCCUCAACAUGACCUCACAACAAUGGCUCACAGAGGAGGAAGUUAGCCGUCCGAUCUGGUGGCACUUCCUGACCGUCACUAUCCCAGACAACAUCACCCACCCUGAGGCCGCGUUUAUGUUCAUUGAGGGAGGAGGAAAUGAUAACCCGGAAAGUCUUCCUGAUCAUAACGACAACUUCAUCGGACUGACCCAUAUGUUUGCGCUGUCAACAGGAAGUGUUGGCGCGGACUUGAAACAGAUACCCAACCAGCACCUCGUGUUUAAGAACGAUUCACUACAAAAGAGCCGAUCAGAAGACGCCAUCAUCGCGUACACGUGGAGACACUUCCUGGACAACCCGGACCAGCCCGACUGGCUGCUCAGGAACCCGAUGACAAAGGCAGCUGUACGGGCAAUGGACACAGUGCAAGACUUUGUGAAGAAAAUGACGGGGAAUCAGCCGGAGAAGUUUCUGGUGGCAGGGGCGUCAAAGCGCGGUUGGACCACGUGGACCACUGCUGCGGUAGACAAGAGGGUGUUCGCUAUAGCACCGAUGGUCAUGGAUCUCCUGAACCUUUCGAUGAACCUGCACCACUUUUACCGAGCACUGGGAGGCUGGACGUUUGCUUUUGACGACUACUACGACAUCAACAUCACAGGUCGGCUUGACGACCCGAAUAUAGAAAAAAUGCGCGGCAUCAUUGACCCACUCGCAUACAAGGAUCGUCUGACGAUGCCUAAGUACAUCAUCGGCACGGGAGGUGACGAGUUCUUCAUGCCUGAUGAUUCCUACUUUUACUGGGACCAGUUGGAAGGAGAGAAAUAUAGAAGAUGGAUACCAAAUGCUGAGCACUCAAUGGCUGGUCAUGAAAUCAGCCUGUUCUUUGGAUUGCGGGCGUUUUACUUCAGUAUCUUAGAGGACUCUCCAAGACCAAAGAUGACGUGGACGAGAGAAACGGGUGCGAACAGCGGGAAGAUAACGCUGCAGACUAACAUAAAACCUAUGAUCAUCCGGUCCUUCCACGCUCGUACACUUGAUGGUAAAAGACGUGACUUCCGUCUGGUAAAUCAGCCGCCCGGAGAGACGAAACCACAGCCGCACCCUGUCAUCUGGCUGCCUGAGGACGUGCAGGAUAUGGGAAAUGGAACAUACGUGGCAGAGUUUGAUAUCCCUGCUGUCGGGUGGCUGGCGUUCUUUAUACAGGCCACGUUCCCGGCUCCCCAUGGAACUGCUCUUGAGUUCACCACCGAGGUGCACAUCAUUCCGGAGACAUUCCCCUUCCCAGAGUGCCACGGGGCAGACUGUAGGGGAACUCUUCUCUAGACUCAUCGCCAUUAUCAUAUUUUAUUUCCUGUUGCUGUUUCAAGCAUUUUUUACUGGUUGUCUUGGUAGAUAGUUCAUGUGUAUGCUACAUGUAAUAUGUGAGCAGAAGUUGGACUGAAAGUCACAAUAAAUACCUCUUCCAUCUCUU